AUGGCUGACCGAGAUGAAAUUGCAAAGACCAUCACAGUUGAUAAAUGGGGAAAAGGAGAUUAUACAAGUGUGCAAAAAGCUAUUGACUCUGUCCCACACCACAACACAUUGUGGACUCGAAUUCAUGUUAAAGCUGGCAUUUACAAAACGGAAAAGGUUAAAAUCCCUCUAGAGAAACCAUACAUUAUUCUUGAUGGAGAGAGCCGUAGAACAACUGUGAUCCAAUAUAAUGAUGCUGGAGAAUGCAUUGCAAGUUCUACCUUCCAAUUGUUUGCAGAAAAUUUCAUGGCAAGACGCAUAACCUUCAAGAACACUUUUAAUGUUCUCAUUUCGCGUGGUGAUCAUAGUACUGAAAGAAGAAACAUUACAUGGGCACCGGCGGCUCUAAUUCAUGCCAAUAAGGCGACUUUCUAUGAGUGUGGAUUUGUUGGCCUGCAAGACACAUUGACAGAUUCUGCAGGUCGUCAUUAUUUUCAAUCUUGCUACAUUCAAGCUGCUGUUGAUUUCAUCUAGGGUGGUGGCCAAUCCAUAUAUCAGCACUGCAUCAUAAAUGUUACCGCCGCGCUUCUGGGUGGAAGUAUUUCAGGUUUCAUCACAGCUCAAUACCGAAAUAGCACAGCUGAAACAGGUGGUUUUGUGUUCAAAUAUUGCAAUAUAGUGGGCACAGGAACUUCAUAUUUGGGAAGAGCUCUUACAAAGUACUCUAGAGUUAUAAUUUACAAGACAGCUUUCUCUGAAAUUAUUGUUCCAGAGGGUUGGAAUUCGUGGUCCUUUCAUGGCCAAGAGGAAGUUUCUUAA